AUGUAUAUUAUUUUAUUAGCUAUAAUUUUAAUUCCUUUAUUAACUUCUUUUUUUUUACUUUUUGUGAAUAAUAAUAACAACAACUUAAUUCGUACUAUUUCUAUUUAUAGUACUUCUAUUACUUUUUUUAUAUCUUUAGGUUUAUUAUUUUUAUUUGAUAAAUCUACAAUUUUUUUUCAAGGUUUAUAUGAAAUAAAUUGGUUAAGUUUUUUUAAUUUAAAUUUUAUAAUAGGUAUUGAUGGUAUUUCUUUAUUCUUCAUUUUAUUAACUACUUUCUUAUUUCCUAUUUGUAUUUUAUCUAGUUAUAAUUAUAUAAAAUUUAAUUUUAAAUUUUUUUAUAUAAAUUUCUUAAUUAUGGAAUCUAUAUUACUUUUAGUAUUUUCUUGUUUAGAUAUUGUAUUCUUCUAUGUAUUCUUUGAAAGUGUAUUGAUUCCUAUGUAUUUAAUUUUAGGUUUAUUUGGUUCUAGAGAACGUAAAAUUUUAGCAUCUUAUAUGUUCUUUAUUUAUACUUUUGUAGGUUCCGUUUUAAUGUUAUUAGCUAUUUUAUUUAUAUAUUAUUAUGCAGGUACCUCUAAUUAUAUUGUAUUAUUAACUUAUAACUUUGAACCUUUCAUUCAAAAAAUUUUAUGGAUUGCUUUCUUUGUAUCUUUUGCUGUUAAAGUACCAAUGGUUCCAUUCUAUAUUUGGUUACCAGAAGCUCAUGUAGAAGCUCCAACUCCAGGUUCUGUUAUCUUAGCUGGUAUUUUAUUAAAAUUAGGUACAUACGGUUUUUUACGUUUUUCUUUACCUUUAUUUACUUUUGCAAACUUCUACUAUACUCCUUUUGUUUAUACUUUAGCUGUUGUAGGUUUAAUUUAUAGUUCAUUAGUUGCAGUACGUCAAACUGAUUUAAAACGUAUUGUUGCUUAUGCUUCUAUUGCUCACAUGAAUUUAAUUAUGAUUGGUUUAUAUACUAAUAAAAUCUAUGGUUUAGAAGGUUCUUUAUUACAAAUGUUCAGUCAUGGUUUAGUAUCUGGUGCUUUAUUCUUAGCUGUAGGUAUUUUAUAUGAACGUUAUCAUACUCGUCUUAUUAAAUAUUAUAGUGGUUUAGUUCAAACUAUGCCUAUAUUUGCAGUAAUUUUCUUAAUGUUUACUUUAGCAAAUAUUGCUUUACCUACUACAAGUAGUUUUGUAGGUGAAUUCUUAAUUUUUUUAGGUAUUUUUAAUACAAAUACUACUAUUGCUGUUUUUGCAAUUUUAAGUAUGAUGUUUGGUAGUAUUUACUCUUUAUGGUUAUAUAAUAGAGUUUGUUAUGGUAAUAUACAAGUAAACUUUAUAGGUUUAUAUCAAGAUUUAAAUAAACGUGAAUUUGUUAUGUUUUUAUUAAUUUUAGUUUUAGUUUUUAUUAUAGGUAUUUAUCCUACUUUCAUUUUAGAUUAUUUGAAUAUGUCAGUUAGUUUUUUAUUAAAUAUAGUAUCUUGUUAG